AUGGUUUCAGCAGAGUAUCCAAGAAUGGACUUCAAAGAAUUUUACAACACGAUCGAUGGCAAGCGUACUACUACUACAGUAACUCGUCACGGCAUUAAUCCAGCCAACAAGAAACCCCUUACCGAAGUUCCUGUGUGUACCCAAGCCGACCUUGACAUCGCAGUUUCGGCCGCAAGGACUGCGUUCAACAAAUGGUCGAAAACUACUUUCGAAGAGCGUAGGGCGGCUCUUCAUUGCUAUGCAGAUGGUCUCGAUCACUACAAGGACGAGUUCGCCAACCUCCUAGUCACAGAGCAAGGCAAGCCGUUAGCCCAGGCUCAGACCGAGGCAUGGGCUGCGGUGGCUUUCCUUAGGGGCAUUUCCUCACUAAGUAUGAAUGAAGAGGUCCUUGAAGACACAGACAAGCAUAAGAUCAUUAGCCGAUAUACCCCAUUAGGUGUUGCUUGUGGUAUUGUUCCAUGGAACUACCCCCUUCUCCUCGCCUGUGGGAAGAUAGCAGCCGCCAUCUAUACCGGGAACGCAAUUAUUCUGAAGCCGUCGCCUUUUACUCCCUAUUGUGGCCUAAAAUUAGGCGAGCUCGGCAUGCAGUACUUUCCUCCUGGCGUUCUGCAAGUUCUUAGUGGUGGAGAUGAUCUAGGUCCGAUGAUGACCGCCCACUCGGGGAUUGACAAGAUAAGCUUCACCGGCUCAAUUGCGACGGGAAAGAAAGUUAUGGAAAGCUGUGCAAAGUCGCUGAAAAGAGUGACGCUUGAACUAGGUGGAAACGAUGCGGCUGUUGUGUGCGAAGAUGUAGAUCUCGAGGAAGUUAUUCCAAAGAUUGCCGCGGCUUGCUUCUACUGCUCCAGCCAAAUCUGCAUGAUGAUAAAACGGCUAUAUGUUCACGAGAAGAUAUAUGAUCAGUUCCGUGAUGCCUUGGUCAAAUAUACUUCAGCCCUAAAAGUGGGCGAAGGCCACGAUCCAGAUUCGUUCAUCGGUCCCAUCCAAAACAAUAUGCAGUAUGAGAAGGUCAAAUCACUUAUCGAGGCUAUCAAAGCGGAAGGCGUUAGGCCUAUUCUUGGAGGAGAAGUCGAGGAGUCAGAAGGCUACUACAUCAAGCCUACUAUCAUCGACAACCCGCCAGAUACUUCCCUCGCAGUGACUGAGGAACCCUUUGGCCCAGUCCUUCCUCUCCUCAAAUGGUCUGAUGAAGAUGAGGUUAUUGCUCGUGCAAAUGACUCUAACAUGGGCCUUGGGGCAUCUGUAUGGAGUAAAGACCUUGUCCGCGCUGAGAGAAUCCUCAGGCGGUUUGAUUCUGGCGUUGCCUGGAUUAACUGCCAUUUCGAUGCUUUGCCUCAUAUCCCGUUUGGAGGACAUAAAUACAGCGGUAUCGGAACCGAAUUUGGCGUGGAAGGACUUAAGCAGUACUGUAACCACCAAGCUCUUUGGCUGAGCAAGAAAUAA